AACGAGAUGGGGAAGAUGGCGGCCGCCGUGGGCUCUGUGGUGUCGUUGGCGGCAGAGCCCGGGGAGGACGCCUUUCGGAAGCUUUUCCGCUUCUACCGGCAGAGCCGCCCCGGGACCGCAGACCUGGGAGCGGUCAUUGACUUCUCGGCGGCCCAGACAGGCCGCGGCACGGAGCCUGGUGCCCGCAAGGUGAUCAGAUCUCAGCUGAGUGUGUCUUCCGUCAGUGACCAUGAUGCACGUAGAGCAGGACUUCAGCCAGUAAGCAAGUGGCAAGCCUACGGACUCCAAGGCUAUCCUGGAUUUAUUUUUAUCCCAAACCCCUUCCUCCCAGGUUACCAGUGGCACUGGGUGAAGCAGUGCCUUAAGUUAUAUUCCCAGAAACCUAAUGUGUGUAACCUGGACAAACACAUGACUAAAGAAGAGACCCAAGACCUCUGGGAACAGAGCAGAGAGUUUCUGAGGUAUAAAGAAGUGAAUAAACGGAGACGCCGAAGUUUACUGGAGAAGUUGCGCUGGGUGACCCUAGGCUACCAUUAUAACUGGGACAGUAAGAAAUACUCAGCCGAUCAUUAUACACCUUUCCCUUCUGACCUGGCUUUCCUCUCAGAGCAAGUCGCCACAGCCUGUGGGUUUCAGGGUUUCCGAGCCGAGGCAGGCAUCCUGAAUUACUACCGGCUGGACUCCACGCUGGGAAUCCACGUGGAUAGAUCUGAACUAGAUCACUCCAAACCCCUGCUGUCUUUCAGCUUCGGACAGUCUGCCAUCUUUCUCCUGGGUGGCCUCAAAAGAGAUGAAGCCCCCACAGCCAUGUUCAUGCACAGCGGUGACAUCAUGGUAAUGUCGGGUUUCAGCCGCCUAUUGAACCAUGCAGUCCCCAGGGUCCUCCCAAGUCCUCAGCGGGGAGGCCUGCCUUGCUGCCUGGAGACCCCGCUCCCAGCCAUCCUCCCCAGAGACUCCGUGGUAGAGCCCUGCUCUGAGGAGGACUGGCAGGUGUGCACCAACUACUUGAAAACGGCUCGUGUUAACAUGACUGUCCGACAGGUACUGGCCAUAGACCAGGACUUCCCUUCGGAACCCACAGAGGAGAAUAAAAGAGACAUCACCACAGAAGGUUCCUGCCAUCUGGGUGAUGAGAAUGGCCAAGUAAAACGAGCAAAGUUAAACUCUGACAGCUGACACUUGGAGAGCCCGUUCUUCUACUCAGGCCGGUCUUCUGGUAAAUGACCACACUCUUUGUAUUGCCAUAGACUUCUCCAAGACAAGCCAGAAACGGGGAAAACUUACCGUCGAUCACACUGUUGCCUUGGAACCCAUCCUGAAGAGGAAAAUAGUGCACCACUCUGCUCAGAGACCAUUUGCCAUGGUCCAGUCUGGCUAGGUGUUGGCACUGUGGGAGAAGUCCAAGGAGCUUCGGCCUUCCAGCACAGCCCUCUCAGCCUCUAGGAGAGGUGGAAGUGAGUUUCCACAUUAAUGGAGCCUUAUUAAAUACCUCAGAUUUUAUUAAUGGGAAACAUAACGUUAAGCCCCUGCCACUACCCCAUCUAGUGAUUUGUGGUUAAAUUGUACUUCCAAGGCCCAACUGUUAGCCUCCCCUUCAUCCAUCUAGCCAACCCCAGAGCCUGCAAGCCUCUCCUCGAGCCUUCUGGCCUUCACAAAAGAGUCCUGCAUCUCCUAGAAAAGAAAUCCAUCACAGCUAUCUGUCUUACCUAAAAGAUAAAGUAUAUCUAAACCCAAGGAAAGGGGAAUGGGAGUUUCUCCGGAUUUCUUUUAGGUCUAAACUCCUCCUGUUGGCUUUUUAAAUGCAAUUUUAAUUGUUGGACUAAAAAAGCCCCCACGGGUGUUCUGUAACUGUUUUCUCCAUGAAUAAACUUUUUCUAUUUUAAAUUAAAGAUCUCUAUCUUUGA